GCGCGCUGCCUGUAACGCUGCUCUCCAGCGCCGAGUACUACUACGCUAAAACACCAGAGCGUACUGGAAGACGUCUGCGCAUGCGCCUUUCAAACACAAAGCCCGUAGCAUUAGAACUUUCGCGGGAAAUCGUUGUCCAAUAGAAAGAGAGGAAAGUAUCAAGACGACUUCAGGCUGGCCCGGGAGCUGAAUAAAGUGAAAGUGCCCUCAGUGCAGCUAAUGGGAGUUGAACAGCGCCCUCCUGGGGGCAGAGAGUGGUUUCACUGAUGAAAGAUGCCCCAGGGGAAGAGGAAGAGAUCUGGAGAUCGAGUACAAGCUUUGUUUCCAGAUGAGGUGUGUUCUGGGGGGAAAAAGCCACCUACAGAACUGUCACUACAGCCAUUUUCCCUCAAUAAAGCAUGGAAGAGAUGCGGUGAUGGAUUUUACAGCAGUCAAGCAGAAAAGGCAUCUUCUUCAUUGGAGAGAAGGUCUCUGUUUGGCAAGCACAAAGCACACUCUCAUGUAUAUGAUGAAGAUCAUAAUGUUACAAACACAGCACCAAUUGUGUGGAGCUCCAGUGACAGUGAGUUAUCAAAUGAUGGAAGUAAAGAGUUUAAUUCCCAACUUGGAUUUGCUAGUCAAACCUUUCUUAAGGGAAAAUACUGCCUGGACUUGUCUGCCUCUAAGGCUGAUCCUGAAAAUGACGUCCCUGAGAUCACUGGCUGGCAAUAUGAGAGUGAUUCUGAGGAGGAAAAUCAUAAAUUUUCUGAUGCAGCUGAAAGUGCUGUAGAAAUAUGUGAUUCUGAGUCCUCAUCCAGCAAAGCUACUGACUCCCAGCUACUGAAAGAGGCGGAACCCUCUAAAGUUAUGGCCAUGGAGAUUGCAGAGUAUUCUUCAGAUGAUGAAUUUGAUGAAAGCUUUGCACCCAUUUUGCCAUCACAUCUUCCAGCAAGCAAUGACGGAGAUGUUGUGUCUCCUACUACAAAGCCUGCAAGUGAGUGGCUAAAAACAGCACAAGUCUUACUGCAGACCCCUGAGAAAAAAAUUGAUAAGACUUCCAAGACCCCUGAGGAUUCUGCCAAAAAGCGGAAAAGAUUUCUCAGGGGAGGACUUGCAGAAAGACUGAGUCGACUGCAGAACAGGGAGAGGUCUGCCAUUAGUUUUUGGAGACAUCAGUGUGAAUCUGAUUGCAAAAUAACUCUAGGUGCAAAAUCUGGUGUCCUUAUCUUAAAAGUAAUUCAAGUUCAUGAAGAAUGUUCAGUACAAGUGGCCCUUUGCACACAGCAGAUAAAUGAUAAUAAAGAGGCUUUGUCCGCCAGUAAUUGUAAUGAUGCAGACAACCUGAUUGUUCUCUUCACUUGUAAAACAGCAGCACAGCUCCAAGUGAGAGCACAUGAUACAAUUCAUAUCCAUCCACCCUGGCAAAAACUCAAACUGCAAGAUAAAAAUAUGUACAUCAUCUUGAACACACAUUUUACCCAAAAAAUUCUACAGAACAAGAAUCCAAGCAAUAAAGCAUACAGCUCAGAAAUAGUAACUGUAAGAAGGAUAAAAUUGCCAUUGUCCGUAAUAUAUAAAAUUAAUGAGAAAUCUCAUGAACAUGGAGUAAAGGAACAGGUUUCAGAUAAUCCUUCUGUACCAAAACCUUUGCAGACUGGGAGCAAUCAAGGGAAGCUAUGUACUUUGUACUUCAAAAAGAACGACUCUCUCCUGGAUGUAGUGGAAAGCCAGGGUGCUGCAGGGUGGAAGGGAGCGUGUCUUCAUGUAGUGGUGCAACGUGUAUACUGCCUUCCUUCGAAGGACAAGACUGGACUAUUGCAUGGAAGCAGUAAAGACAUUCCCUGCCCAGAUGAUAAGUUAAGAUCAGAUUUCAGUGUAUGUCUCCUCGUCCAAGAUGCUUAUGGGAUGUUCAGUGAAGUCCAGUUGCAGGCUGUAAAUUUGUCUGCAGAUUACAUGGAUGUUUAUAGCAAACGGUGGGAAGGCAAAACCUGCCGUCUCACAGGGAUGAAGAUCUUGCAAAGGACUACAAAAGGAAGAGCUCCUGGACUCUUCAGCUUAAUCGACAGUUUGUGGCCUCCUUUGGUGCCAAUUAAAGUCCAUGGCCAAAGCCAAGAUCAGCAGGUCCAGAACAACCUGCCGGUUCCCAGCUUCUGCUAUAUUCUAGCUGUGCGUGCAGAUGAAAUUGAAGAUGAUAUUAAAGAGUCAGCAGAAGCCUCAGGCUUAUACCUGCCACCUGUAAUCCAUACUCUGAGAGAAAUCCUUCAGGUUGUUGGUCCAGGGCAAAGAUGUAGCUUUUUGGGAACAGUAAUCUACAUAAGGCCUGAGAUUAGCAGAAACUCUGCUCCCCAAAAAGAGAUGUGGAUAUUUGUGAUUGAUAGUACUCUGCAGGAGGAACCUGUAAGCUCUGCUGCUCCGCAAGCACUCUCUGUGUGCAUCUCGCCUUCUUGUCUUCUGGAUAAUACGGUUCUUCAAGCACUGUGCAAUAAGUCACCAUGUGCUCUCUGCUUCAAAGAUGCUGUUAGAGAAAAUGGACGGAUCAUUUGUGUUGAGCGCACAGUUCUCUCCUUACAAAAGCCCCUUUUAUCCUCUGCUUCUGGAGUUAAAGAAGUGACUGACCCUGUCCGACUAGAUGAUCUGGAUUGUGCAAGCCAAGCUAACUCCUUGUGCUCAGUGAACGGUAUAAUUAUUGGCGUAAAUGAGGAAUCGGCAUAUUCAUGGCCAGUUUGCAGUCGGUGUGGGAGCAACAAGUUACAGCGUUCUGAUAAGAGGAGAGAAGCAUAUUUCUGCUGUCAGUGCUGCCAGUGUAUAAACAAUACGGAUACCAGGAUGCAAAUGGAAGUGUUCCUGCGCUGUGAGUCCAUGCCAGGGUGUACGGUGAGAAUUAAGUUGCAGCAAGAAACCAUUUCACUUCUCCUGAGAUCGAGCCCCAGUGAAGAUGGGAGUUAUGAGGUGAGCAACGUACUAGGAAUGAAGGUGGGACCAUUGAGCUGCUACAUCCAAUGUGUAAGCAGCCAACUGAGCAGAUCUGUGGAGCUGGAGCAAAUCUCUCUGUGGAAAGCAAACUGAAUGGUGCCUCAGCUGUAUAAACAGCCUGGACUUUGUCUUAUAGUUAUUAGUUAACCAUGUCGAAUAUAAACCGACUGCCCCAUGCACAUAACAAGGCUUGGCCAGUGGUAGAAUAAAGUUAGACUUUAGCCCUGCAAGGGCCCAGCAUGGUUACUUACAUGUCUCUAGGGGAGAACACUUGCCCACGGGGGCUUUGACCACCAUUUAGUUUUUAUUAAUGUCUCUAGUUAAAAAAAAAAAUGGACAUGUGUAAUACAUUGGUUGUGUGAGACAUUGCCUCCGUUAUGUAUAUUGUACUGUCUGGAGUUGUAUUAUAUUGAGAGUGCAGUCUCUGGACAGACAGACAGACGUAGUCCAGCAGCCACAGGGACUGAAGGGCAUUAAUAGAACAAGGGCAGGGCAGCCUUUCAAAGUGAAACUGCCUUUUUUUUCUAUGGGAAUUUGUGGAUAUUACUAUAAGGAAUGGUAGCCCAAGGAAAUGAAUAUAUGUCCGGCCCAAUGAAAAUCUACAUCUGUAUUCUUAAAUGUGGUUGUUUAACUUGUAUUAUGUUAAAUAAUUCCUAUU